AUGGAGGCGGCAGAUAUUCUUCGCUCCCCAUGGAAAGGGCGUCCGGGAAUUCGCAGUGCCCAACACUUCAGACUGGACUGGUUCGUGUUCGCCCUGUCCACUGCCCUAUCUGGCGUGUUAUACAGCGCUGAAACCGUUGCCUCCGUGUCUCCCCUUACACUAACUUGCGACGACAACCCCGUUGUAAAAACAGCGUCCCUUGCAGAGGCCUCGAAGAGCGUAAAGUUGAAGUGCCCGGAUGGUUCCGUACUCUAUCCCGAACUGGCGUCCAGUAUGUUUUGUAACGACUCGGCCUGCAAUGCAACAACAAAAUUAGACACGAAAUUUCUCCUUCUCACCCAAGACCCGCCUUCCGCUGCUGAACACAGCCUCAAGCUAGUAGCGCCUCAGAGGACGCCCAGUACCUUGUACUUCCUCUGCAAGAAGAGCGGCAAGGCGCCAGGCAGACAAGUCGUAUCAAAUGAGGACCUUGGCAAGGCUGCAACCACAUGCACUUUCCAGAUCGCGGCGUGGGGCACAGAUCCGGCCAAGCAAGAGCAUGAGUGCAAAGGAGCAGAAGAAGAGAACACGGUCACUCUUUCACCCGAAGCAAAAACAGUGACCUUCAAGUGCGCCAAAGGCAGCACCUGGAAUCCGAGUGAAUUCGAGGAGACGUUUGAAGGGAAAAACUGUGAAAAAAGGCGUCUAGACCAACUCGACCUCAAAGCGUCUUUAGUGGAAGGGAAGUCCUCGCAAGACGGAGAACCCGCAUACACAUUCACAGUCGAAACCUUUCCUAAAAGCACCUCGGUGUCGCUUUGCUACAAAUGCAAGAAAGCGAAACCCGAAUUGCAAAUUAGCAACACGGACACGGAAUGCAAAAUGCGGGUCAACAUCCCUGUCGUCCCUCCAUCAGCGCUCCCCCCCGAUAGCAACCAAGAUGCACCUUCCGGUGGCAAUGGUGAAACGGGCACAACGACAACGGCGCCAACAGGGAGUGGCGCAGAAGGCCUCCAGCUCGCGGCGAACGUCUUGUCUUUUUCCAGUUUCUUGGUCACACAACUGAUUCUGUGCUCCUUGUAA